AUGGCCAAUAAUAACAAUGAUGAUAACGAUAUAAAGAUAAUGGCCCAUUCGUUGCCAACUCGCGUGCAGGCGGCAGGCGGCAGUUGGCUAAAUCUACAGCAUGUGGCGCCGCAUAAAUCGGGACCAAUGAGAACCAUGAUGACCAACACCACCACCACGAUCGUUAUAAGGAACAUGAGCAUUUACGACUAUUUACGCCAACAUUUGUGCGGAUCGAAGCGCCAGCGCUCGACCUUUGAACCCCAUCCAUCGUCCAAUUGUCCCGCCUCCAAAUUGCGAAAGCACAACUUUAGCAAUUACCAAAAGGAACGGGAGAGGGAACGUGAAAGGGAGAGGGAAAAACAGCAUAAACAUAAAGAUCACCGAUCCAGGGGCAGACCAUCGAUGGAUGACUACGAUAUAAGAUUCUUUUUCUACCUUAAUUCGCUAAUUUUAUUCACCAUGUCGUGCAGUCGUCAGUCGGCCGCCGAGGGCGAUGACCUCAAGCACUUUAUUUGCGACCGGAUCCGGAAAUUCGAUCGUUUACGGCGAAAGGCCAGAAAGCGCCGGAAGCGAAGGCCCAAACAACAACAGCUGACCGAGAAUCAAAUGCACCUCUAA